AAAUGGCUACAAACACUCCAAAUUCAAACCUAUUAAGGAGAUGCCUAAAUGACUAUAUAGGCUCUGAAGAGGAGGCAAUUGCAAAACAAGUUUUGACAUGGGUUGUCACUACAAAUGAUUUCCGGCAUGGAUUCUAUAACUUGAUGAUAAAAGCUAGUAAUGCUGGGGAGGGGACAACGUUCAGCGAUGCAUCGAUCUAUCUUCAACAAAUUGACGAAGUUCGGGAGGCAAUUCAAAACAAUUAUGCAGGCGGAGUUCCAACGUGUGGACUGGUUUUCUUGAAAGACAUUCUUAAUGUAUCUGUUCUUCAAGAUUUUGUAACAGAUGGAGUUAAAGCCAUCGAGAAAUACACCGACUCUGUACACGCAUUCAUGACGUUGUUGGAAUUCCUGCGUGGUAGGUUAUUAACAGGUUAACAUAAUGUUGCACCCUGUUGUAAUAAGUAUCAUAUCUUUUGGCUUCAAUUUAAUUAUUUGGAUGUGAAAGAAAAUAAAUACUUUAUCCUCGAAAUUUGUUUAAGUGAGUUGGCUUUUCCGUUCGUGCCGCUGUAUCACGUAACCUGUACUUUCGCUUUCCGGAUACUUGUUAUUAUGGCCAGUGUUAUGCACAUUGUAUAAGUAUAUAUAUGUGUGUAACACAGUGAUGUUAUGUGUUGUAUUCUUUUGGUGACCGGACUGACCACUUUGAACAUGCAUGUGCAAUGCAACGCUUUUUUUUUCCCCCCUCUUUUCUCUCUCUUUCUUCACUUGGGCACUUUAAAAAUUUACACCUAGAGAAGUACAAGGGGUCGGACCUACAUUUAUUGCCUGAAGUUUAUUUAUCAUCGAUGGUCGUGGUAUGCUCGAUUGAUAAUUCAUCUAAAAAUAUCCUCAGCACUGCAGGAAAAGAAAAAAACAUGAAAAGGCAAUACAGAAACUGACCACAACGUUGGCUCCAACAAAUGGAAGUAAAGGGACAAAUAUUAUGGUUGCCUUGGCCCAUCACCUGUUUUCCCAGCUGGUACCAGGGAAGAAGUAUGAGGUCGAUAAAUAUGCAAAGCAAAUACCAAAACAAUGCGACUGUGGCUGUAAGGCCAGGAUUUGUGAAGGAAAUACUUCAUUAGGGUCACUGGGAACAUGGCAUGGCAGAGUCGAUAUCCUCUUGAACCAUACAAUUGCUGUGGCCUUUCUACAGGAACUUACAGACAAGGAUGACGAGGGCGAAACUGAUGAUUCAGGUGAAGAUUCCAACGAAGACGAGCCUAGAAGUAAACAAAGAAAGAUGGACAGUUGUGGGAUCUGUGUUAAGGAAAAAACUGCAAAGAAACAUGACAAUAUUCUCCUCGAUCAAAAAGUCAUGAAACAAAUCUUGGCCGAAGCUAUAACAAAUGGAUUUGCUCAAGUUAACAUGAAUAGCACAGCACUAUCCCAUUUCUUGAUUCCAACUUUUGGAACCACAUCAGAACAUGUUACUAUUUGUCUGUAUGACUCUGAAAACGAUUACUUACUACACAUACAGGAACAUCUGGAGUUGUGGUGUCCAGGUGAGAUGUCAGACCAGCUGAAUGUCAUGACCAUAGUUGUCAUUUGGCUUUUCUUAAAUUUCGUUACUUUUACUCAGAAAAAAUUGCAUAAUGUGGUAGAUCUUGACAAGUCAGGUUUACAUCAGGAACUGAAGGGGCGCCUGGAUUAUUACAAAAAGGCCACAACAAAAGGAAAUUUUGUUUCACCAACAUCAGGUGCAUUGAUGUGGACAUUUCUUAACCCUACAGCCAAACCUAGAAAGAACUUUUUCGAUCACCUGAAUUGUAAGUGACUGUAACUCAAAACACAUUUUAUCCGUUGUCAUCCUUUCUUAUGUCAAGUUUUAACAAUUUUGUCUUCAUAAGAACUGAUGAAUGGAUUUUGUCAAAACUGUAAUUCUCAUAACCCCAGGGUCAUUCAUUCCCUUGACCCUGGGAAGAAGGUAAAGUUAACUAUAGUUUACAGGGAAACAAUACUUUGGUUUAUAUUUCAUAUUAUUUUGUGUGGAAAUGAUUAUAACUUGGCAUACUUUCCAAAUUUCUUCUUCUGCUUAAGAAUUAAAUUGACUCGGGUGACCGUUAAGGCCAUUGAGCCUAUUGUACUUAUUGCUAGCUAAAUGCCAUCAUUUGACCUAUAGCUAGCUUAAUUACAUUAUUUGACUUAUAACUAGCUUACAUAGGUAAACUUAUACCUAGCUUACAUCAUUUGACCUUGAACCAUCUUACAUCAUUUGACCUAUACCUAACUUACAUCAUUUGACCUAUAGCUAGCUUACAUCAUUUGACCUAUACCUAGCUUACAAUACAUCAUUUGACCUAAAGCUAGCUUACAUCGUUUGACCUAUAACUAGCUUACAUCAUUUGACUUAGUUAGCUUACAGCAUUUAAAUUUGACCUGUAGCUGGGAUAGGCCUUUAAUAAAUAUAUCUUUCAGGUUCAGUUGUUUGAUGUGGGUCUAGUUGAAAAUAUAAAACAGCUUGUUAAUAAUGUUAACAGAUUCGUUGAGGCAAUGCACAUGAGCGCAAAAGGAAGAUUAAACGAAAAAGUGUGCAUGACAUAGUUAUAGUAACAUACAUGGCGAUAAACAAAUAAUUAGCAAAGGCAACCCAGACACUCAGGAGUACAUUGAUAUGGGUGAUCUUGUUGUGUAUUAGUUCUGAUAGAUUCUUCUUGGUCAUGCAGGUCCAUAUCUUGAAGAGAAAUUGACUCGGGUUGGGAAUAAAUUACAUCAACACCUUCCCUUUCCGCCGUCAUUGUUGGCUAAAGAAUAUUUAUAAAUAGGUCCAGGCGAUGUACAUUAUGUGUGUUUUGUUUGAACAUCUAUAAAUGCAAUCACAUGUGGAAGGUGCAAUUUCAGAAAUAAAGCAGAUUUCCUUGACGAUUAAUUAAUUAAUAGUUCCACGCGAUGUACAUUAUGUGUUUUGUUUAAACAUCAUUUAUGCUAUCAUAUGUGGAAUGUGCACCUACACGAAUAAAGCAGACUCCCUUGUUGAGACACACAGAUUGUGCGAG